UCAACGCACAAGGCUAACUACUCAUUUGCUGUUGGAUAGUGAUGGUGCUGAGAGACUAACUCGUUGGACGUUGCCAUUGUUGUUGGGCAGCAGGCUACCCACUUAUGUGCCAAAAGACUUUUUGGGACAAGUGAAUAGAAAGUGUUAGAUUUUUAAUCCACCAUUAUAUACUUUAAUCAAAAGUUUCGCCAAAUUUGUACACAAAUUUUAUAACCAAAGCUGCUUUGCGACUGCUUGGAUGACGACCACCAAAGGUGUCAAAGUCUGUGAGGCUAUGGAGAGCCGUGGGCUGAACCCCCUGGACCACCUUCCACCACCCGCGAGUUCCAACAAGCCCUUAACCCCUUUCAGCAUCGCAGACAUCCUCAGCAAACCGACUGUCAAAAGAACUCAGAGGAUUCACCGGCUUCCAGCAUCCGAGAGACCCCGGCAGAGCAUCACAAUAUCACGGCAGACUCUCAUCACUCAAACAUCGCCUUUGUGUGCUCUUCAGGAACUGGCCAGCAAAACGUUCAAAGGUCUCGAAUUAGGUGUACUCCAAGCAGCAGAAGGAAGGGAUGGGUUGACUCUGUUUGGUCAAAGGGACAGUCCCAAAAAGCGCCGAAAAUCUAGAACGGCCUUUACUAACCACCAGUUAUAUGAACUAGAGAAAAGGUUUCUCCAUCAGAAAUACUUGUCACCCGCCGACAGAGACCAAACUGCCCAUCAGCUGGGGCUGACAAAUGCGCAGGUUAUCACCUGGUUCCAAAACCGACGGGCAAAACUAAAGCGAGACCUGGAGGAGAUGAAAGCGGACGUGGAGUCGGUCAGAUCCACAGGUAUCGUGCCUCUGGAUAAACUCGCUAAACUCGCCGAUCUGGAGAGGUGUGCAGUUGGAGUCACGGGACAUCCGGGGCCCGAGUGCUCGCCACGGCUGGGUCACGAGUACAAGAGUGCGCACAAAUUAUGUCUGUCCCCCAUGUCGUCUCUCUCAGACCACACAAGUCAAGACUACUCCGAGGACGAGGAUGUGGAAAUAGACGUCGAUGUGUGAUGAAAACCACUGCAUAUUGAUUUGUAAAUUUAUAUUUUAAGACACGCAUGCACAUAACCGCCUACAUGAUUGUAGUGUUUUCUGAAGCUGAGUUAGUUUAAUUUAUAGCCAGACUAUGCAAGUCUAACUCCUAUUUGUUCAAUACAGCGAGUGAGCAGCUGAAGUUUUUAUAUAUAAUAUAUUGUAUUGUAUGUAAUAAUGGCUUUAAUGAGUGUAAUAAAAGAAUAUUUCACGAAUCAGGGCAACAAACAGCAAUACAACCUCUUGAUAAGAAAAACUAUUUUUGCAUUUGUAUUUAUUGCGUAUAUGCUUCAUUUGUACACAAUCGACAGUGACUGCUCUUUGUAAAGUUUUUGUACAUUUUACUUAGUGCCUUUUAAAAUUAGGCCAUUGUACGAAUACCCAAUGUGUCGUUUAAUGUAUUGAGUUUGAAAAU